GGGGAGGGAAGGGAGAGGAGUGGGGGGGGGAAAGAGAGGGAGCGAGAGCGGGUUGGAAGAGCGAGGCGGCGGAUGAGAUGCGCGCGAGGCAGCUCCGCCGCGGGGGCAGCCGGCGAGGCCGCAGGCAGAGUGCGACGUUGCAAAAUGCUGGAGAUUAUCUGGGUGAAGCUAGAGAUUACAUUUGAUGUGAUUGCAUCUUCAGAUGUUCUGCUCCUGCAUUUCAUGAGCUAAAAUAUUUUAUCAAAAUGGAAUUGGAUACCUUCACUGAUCUCCAGGUUAAUUGUGUCCUGUGAAUUCAGAGAAGACUUUCUGAAGGAGGAAUAGAUUCAUCACAUACAUGGACUUCUGUUGUUAUUGAAGGAUACCCUUUUUUUUCCAGUCUAAAAGGCUGUGUACAUGAAGAUGAGCCUGCAUUUAAGAUGUGAUCUGUGGAAUUAGGUGAAUGAGGAUACUUUAAUGAGUUACCAGCAUUUAUUAACAUCUGUGUGUCCAGCUUCUAAUAUUUUUUAAUAUAUAAAAAUGAAGGACAAGUAUAAAAAAGCAGAGCUGAUGUAUUUCUGUGAGGCCUUUAUGUAAGCCUCUGUUGUCCGGACGUGGUGCUAAAGGACAAGCAAUCUGCUUUUGAUCAGCUGAUUGUAGCUGUGGAAAAAGAACCUUUAAUUUAAAGUGACUUACAGCUGAAGUUAUUUUACUUUUGGCUUGCACAGAAUGAAAGGGAAAAUUAAGUUUCAUUGGGCAGGGGUGUUUUACUGAGCUAAGAAAGGGAAAGUUACAUGAUCCUUGUUUUCAUUUCAAAACAAGAACUGACAACGUAUUUUUCUUAGAAUUUGACUACUAGGGGGAUCUCUACAGAGUAAAGCAAGUCAGAUGUCAGCAAACGACUCUUCUCCCCCAUCCUUACAGAAGUUUUCCCCACCUACGUGUCAUGCUGCUGCACCGCAAACCCCAACUUUGUCUUCAAGUCCCCAGUCGGGGCUCUCCAGUCGACUCUCCAAUGGCAGUUUCAGUACCCAGAGCCUCACCAACUCCCGGGGCUCUAUGCAUGGGGUCUCCUUCCUCCUGCAGAUCGGUCUCACUCGAGAAACUGUCACAAUUGAAGCUCAGGACCUGUCACUCUCUGCUGUUAAAGACCUCGUGUGCUCUAUAGUUUACCAGAAGUUCCCAGAGUGUGGUUUCUUUGGCAUGUAUGACAAAAUUCUCCUCUUCCGUCAUGACCUGAACUCAGAUAAUAUUUUGCAACGAAUUACAUCAGCAGAAGAGAUACAUGAGGGAGAUCUUAUUGAGGUUGUGCUCUCUGCUUUGGCUACAGUUGAAGAUUUCCAGAUUCGUCCUCAUGCACUUUAUGUGCAUUCCUACAAGGCUCCUACUUUUUGCGACUACUGUGGAGAGAUGCUUUGGGGUUUGGUACGACAAGGAUUAAAAUGUGAAGGUUGUGGGUUAAACUACCAUAAGCGAUGUGCCUUCAAGAUUCCAAAUAACUGCAGUGGAGUGAGAAAGAGGCGUCUGUCUAAUGUGUCUUUACCAGGAGCAGGGCUUUCGGUUCCAAGACCAGCACAAGCUGAACAUACAUCCUCUGCCUCUGAAGAGCGCUGCUGCCCAGAACCUAGUAAGAGGAUUCCCUCCUGGAGUGGCCGUCCCAUCUGGAUGGAAAAGAUGGUGCUUUGUAGAGUGAAGGUUCCACAUACUUUUGCUGUUCAUUCUUAUACUCGUCCCACCAUAUGCCAGUAUUGCAAACGACUGCUCAAGGGCCUUUUUCGCCAAGGAAUGCAAUGUAAAGAUUGCAGAUUCAACUGUCACAAACGUUGUGCAUCUAAAGUACCUAAAGACUGUCUUGGAGAGGUGACUUUCAAUGGAGAACCUGCUAGCCCAGGCCAGGACUUGGACAUGCCAAUGGAAGUUGAUAGCAGUGAAAUGAACAGUGAUGGUAGUCGGGGUCUAGAUGAUGCUGAAGAGCCCUCUCCUCCAGAGGACAAGAUCUUCUUUAUGGAUCCGUCUGACCUUGAUGCAGACAAAGAUGAGGAAGCUGUCAAAACCAUCAGUCCUUCAACAAGCAAUAAUAUUCCUCUUAUGAGAGUUGUACAGUCAAUCAAGCACACAAAGAGGAAGAGCAGUACAAUGGUGAAGGAAGGAUGGAUGGUCCACUAUACUAGUAGAGACAAUCUGCGAAAAAGACAUUACUGGAGACUGGACAGCAAAUGCCUCACGCUAUUUCAAAAUGAAUCUGGAACAAAAUAUUACAAGGAGAUUCCACUUUCAGAAAUUCUCCAGGUGACUCAGCCUCGAGAUUUUUCAAACGUGGUGCAGGGCAGCAACCCAUACUGUUUUGAGAUCAUCACUGACACGAUGGUGUACUUUGUUGGCGAAAACAAUGGCAGCAGUCAUCACAGUCCUGUUCUUGCUGCCACCGGAGUUGGACUUGACGUAGCUCAGGGCUGGGAGAAAGCCAUUCGUCAGGCUUUGAUGCCAGUCACUCCUCAAGCUAGCGUUUGCACUGCGGCAGGACAAGGAAAAGAUCACAAAGAGUUAUCUCUAAGCAUCUCUGUUUCAAAUAGCCAGGUGCAGGAGAAUGUGGAUAUCAGCUCUGUGUACCAAAUAUUUGCUGAUGAAGUGCUGGGCUCUGGUCAAUUUGGUAUUGUAUAUGGAGGAAAACAUAGGAAGACUGGAAGAGAUGUGGCUAUCAAAGUCAUUGACAAGAUGAGGUUUCCAACUAAACAAGAAAGUCAGCUUCGUAAUGAAGUAGCCAUUCUCCAGAAUUUGCACCACCCUGGGAUUGUGAAUCUGGAAUGUAUGUUUGAAACCCCAGAGCGGGUCUUUGUUGUGAUGGAAAAGCUGCAUGGAGAUAUGCUAGAGAUGAUUCUUUCCAGUGAGAAAAGUCGGCUUCCAGAACGAAUAACAAAGUUCAUGGUCACUCAGAUACUUGUUGCUUUGAGGAAUUUACACUUCAAGAAUAUUGUGCACUGUGAUUUGAAACCAGAAAAUGUACUACUAGCAUCAGCAGAGCCAUUCCCUCAGGUGAAGCUGUGUGAUUUUGGCUUUGCACGUAUCAUUGGUGAAAAAUCUUUCAGGCGCUCUGUCGUGGGGACACCUGCUUAUCUCGCUCCUGAAGUGCUCAGGAGUAAAGGUUACAACCGCUCCCUAGACAUGUGGUCAGUAGGAGUUAUUGUCUAUGUGAGCCUUAGUGGUACAUUCCCAUUUAAUGAAGAUGAGGAUAUAAAUGAUCAAAUUCAAAAUGCAGCAUUUAUGUACCCGCCAAAUCCCUGGAAGGAAAUUUCCAGUGAAGCCAUUGAUUUAAUAAACAAUUUGCUUCAAGUGAAGAUGAGAAAACGUUACAGUGUUGACAAAUCUCUUAGUCAUCCGUGGUUACAGGAUUAUCAGACUUGGCUUGACCUCAGAGAAUUUGAAACACGCAUUGGAGAGCGUUACAUUACCCAUGAGAGCGAUGAUGCCCGCUGGAAAGAACAUGCUUAUGAACACAACCUUGAGUAUCCCCAGCAUUUUAUUAUGGCUCCUAAUCCAGAUGACAUGGAAGAAGACCCUUGAUUUAUUCAUUAUGCUAAAUUGCAGCAAAGGAGGGCACUCCAGACAGAAACUGAAGAUAAGUUUUAGGACAACUGUUGCUCUUUCUGAAUGCUGUACACAUCAUUCAGUGUACAAAGCCCCAGAGGAUCCUGCAUUGACAUGGGAACAGACUGUCAACUGACAAGCUUUUCUCCAUCUCUGACUUAAACUAUGAGUAGUUACUGGACAGUGGGAUAAGCCCCGUUGGGUAACAUUUCACCAAACUGUGUGGCUACAAAGCCAUUACUAGGUGUAAUGUGUACAGACUGAAUGGUUUGUGUGUUUUUCAAGGUUGCUUUUUUUUUUCCUAGCUUACACAAUAAGAAUUUUUUAAUGGUUUUCUAAUCCCUGUUUACUAGGCUAUAGAGGACUGUUUUCUGUUACUUAGAUACAUCUCCCAUUUCCUAAACUCUGCAUGGUGAAAAGAAACUGUAAAGAGGAAUCGGUGCAGAAUACUUUGGCUAGCAGCAAAACAUGGUGGUUUAGGUUGAAUACAGCUUCACAGAUGAAGGAAUAAUUUGCUGCUGUUUUGACAGUUAAAGAUCUGUGUCUUUGCCCUAACUGAACUUUUUUCAAAUGCCUCCCCCCCCAAAAAAAAACCCAAACCCUGGAACUUCUUACAUUCCUCUUGAAAUGCUGGCUAACAAUCUAAAGAGACGACAAUCAAAGCUAUGCUAGUCCUUUAUUUUCUUGUUAAAACAGAGCAAUAAGUCACAACAGUGUGUUGCUGUGCAAGGCCAGCACACGUCGUUGAUACACACCAAAGGCACUGUGCCUUAAAACUAUACAAGGAAUGCACAGGGAGCACACAAGACUUGAUGUAGCAUAUCCUUUCACUCUGGAAGAACAGCUUCCAGCAGAAGAAGUUGGAAGAAUAGGGAAAAAUACAUGCAGCUUUCUUCUGUUGUAAUUAUACUUUUAAAUAUUUCUAACAUUUUUCUAAUUUUUUGAGGUUCCCUGGACUUACAUCAGGAGGAGUUUAUAGCCUGCUAGCCUGUAGCUUGACUCUGCUCAAAACCUCGAAGUAACAGUGGAUAUCAAAUCGCUUGUUGCUUCUGCCAGGGCAGCUGGAUUGUAGGAGAAAGGGCUUUGCCUUCUUACCUUAAUCUGCAGACCCUCCCACUCUCUUUACUGUGUGCAGCGGUUUUGUUUGAGGCGAGUUAAGAGUCCAAAACCAACUCCUAAAUCAGUUUUUUUACACAGAAGUCUCAGUUGUUGGAUUCCCAGCUACUUACUGGACAUAUGGAACAAUUGAGAGGAAGCAGCAAUACUCUUUGGAAACAGAUCCCUCAGAGGACAGUGUAACAGUUAAAAUUUAUGGUAUUUCCAAGAACCUUGAGGCCAUGAGAGCUGAUUUAACUGGAGCUUGGUUUAAAAUAGCUUUUAAAGCACUGAUACAGGCUUGAAUUGCAAACACAGUGAGAGGCUUUGGGGUAUUCUCCUCUACUUCCUACAGAGAUUUUCUUUUCUGUGUGUGUGUAGAAAAGUAUUUUUUCUACUGUUAUUCAGGUAAGAAAACAGGUGAGCAGACUUUUCUAAGCUCUUAGAUAUACAUAAAAUUUUGCACGGUUAUUUCAGGGCCCACAGCUGCUUGCAAUGACAGUGACCCAGCAGUAAAGUCAGUGGCAGUUGCAGAAGUACACACCCACAGGUAGGUCUAGGUCAUUAACAAAGCUUUUUCUUUUCCUAUUACCCUUAAUCUGACUGCCGCUGCAUUUUAUAGGUGUCGAAGUUGGUAAAGGCUGAACUCUGGCUUCCCUGUGAGGACAGACAAAACUUUGUAAAAAAUGUUCACGCAAUCUGUAUGGCAGUUUCGGCAGCCAGCAGUGAGCAAGGCAUUUCAGCCCUUCUGACCACCACCCAUCCUCUCUGCUAGCACGUGUUUUUCUCAGGUUUCAGGACUGAUUCUUCCAAGAGGGACUAUUUUUAAUCUUUGGAACCACCUGUUAAGCUGGCAGUCUGGUGUUUUGUUUAGGUUUCUGGUUUUAAACUUCCAAUUUCAUACUUGAGCUGUCAUUUCAGGUUUUCCUGUUUUUUUUUUUUUUAAUGUUCUUUUAAGGGAGGAAAAAAAAACAGCUCAGCCACUUGAAAAAGCACAACAGGAAUAGAAGAAGGAGGGGACACAAUGAAGCAGAAGGCCUGGCUGAUGUCUCUCCCCAUGCAGUCUGCUCUGCUCCAAAGUAUUAUACAAGCUAUUUAUUAUUAAAGUUGUAUUAAAAAAAAAAAUUAAGUGCUGAUGGCAGAGAUUGUCUGACCACAUACACAGACAAAGCAUAUGGAGACAGACAAUAAAAAGCCACGAGCAGUUAAUAGUCAAGGAACCAAAAAUCAGACAUAUGUUAGGAGUAAAGUCUUCGGAGUAGUAAAAAUAGCUGAUUUUUUUUUUUAUAUUCCCUUUUUUUCUACCUUUACUGCAGACUUUGACAACAGUAGGUUACAGUGUUUCAUAUCCUUACCCCUAGGAGAAUUAAGUUGCGCUCAUUCAAGAAAUAGUGCUACCAUGAUGCUAGAAAAAAAGCUUGUGUAAAAUUUAUAGCCUCAAAUGGACACUGUCAAGUACUUUUAUAUUUUUAUACAUCCCCUUGUUUGUAAAUAUCCUCUGAUAAGCUUGAAAAUAAAAUUUAUUUCCCUAGCAGACUUGUUCUUUUUAUUUAUAUGCAUUAUCUCUCCUAUUAAAUGUUCCUAGAAGUAAAUGUUUCUUUACACUUCCCCAUUUGUAGAUAUGUCAUUCGAUAUACCCUGCAGUAUAUUAGCAUUAUAUAUUAGCAGUGCUUUGAAACCGGUAACUUUUUUGUGUGGUUCCUGUCACCCUUCUCUUUAUAAAAAUAUCCUUAAAAAUGUCGAGGUAUCUUGUGUUUUAUGCAGGUACCAAAGCUGAGCACAUCUGAAGUCUCCUUAACACGUGUUUGUUUGUUACAAGUUUUAGCUUCAUACUCCUCUGCUCUAUUGUAAGACCCCAGAAACAUUGUUAAUUCUCUGCUCUGUGUGUGCUGGGUUCUGUAUGUGCACUGUUUGAUUUCUAUGAGUACUGCUUUGAGUAGGUUAGUCAAGAGGAUUAGCACGCUGCCGUAGACAGACUCGGGAUUAAUGCUCCCUACCAAAAGGUGCCUUAGCCCCAAAGUGCAGAUAGGUGUGAGAAAAAUUGCCUGGUAAUUAAGGUCACAUCUCAUCUGCUUUCAGAUCAAAGAUAGAUCAAAAUAUUUAGUUCUUAUGUUACUGCGUAUGUAACUAAAUGCAGAUUACAUUAUUGCAAAACUGUUUAUGGAACCAUAAAACCCACAACUCCAUUCUUUUACUUCAUUUUUUUUUUUAAUGAAUUGCUA